GAGUAAAUAAAAGUGCACGUGCUGUUCAUUUGCAAUCUGUUUCCAUGAUCAACAUGUGCGUUUAAUCAAGCGGGAGUCUUCUGGACCAAUCACAAGCCGCCUUCUCAUCCGGGUAUUUAUGGUCUUCGAGAGAAACUUUUCCAGAGCGCGAGCUGGCUAAAACAAACACGACCACUUUAAAAACGUUAAUUCCUUCUCAUGUUAAACUUUAUAGUGAUAUUUACUGUCUUGUUUAACUGUAGAAAGUAGAAAUUUUCUACAAACGAUGUUAGAAAUGAGCUCGCUUCUACUGUAGUUUAAUUGUGAAGAAUAAAGAUGUGAGUGAAAGUAAUAAAAUGAUAGCAGCGCCCUCUGCUGGCCGAAUGAGGGAUUUAUUUUACAAUUCCAAUAUGGCGCCUAAUUCCAAAAUGGCGCCUUAGCAACCGAGUCGCGGUCGCGCUUAGCAACCGGUAGAAGUAAACAUUUCACGGAGGAAGAAACUCCGGUGUGGAAGCUCAGAAAUGCGUUUUUAGCCAAAGAAGAAGCGAAAUAUUUGGAUUUUCAGUCGACUAUGUCCCUUAUUCAGGCGAAAAAGCUUCACUUUAAACACCUGCUGUUAGAUACUGGACUAACUCGGAGCAGUUAGCUAAUGAUGAACUGCUAAUUGACUUGUGUGAAGGAAUUUGCAUUAAUUAGCUUAGCUUAGCCUAGCUAUGCGGCUAGAUUUAGUUUCUAAUAAAUUAAGAUAAAGUUUUGAUUUUUGUAAAAGCGGUGUUUUAAGGAAAAUCAUGACUCAAAGUGAAAAAGUGCGACAGAAUGAUGAAGAAAUUAUCAAAGAGCUGUGUGUGUGUAACGGCGUGUCCUAUGAGAAGGUUCGUGAGGACGGGAGUGGGGUAGAGGCUCUCGAGGCGUUCUUCUCAGGGUUUCCCCGCAUGGUGGGACUCUCUCUGUUCCCCCGGCUGCUCUCGCUCACCAUCGUGGGGCAGAACGUCCGCAAAAUCCAGGGGCUGGACGACUGUCCGCGUCUCCGCGAGCUCUGGGUGGCAGAGUGUCAGCUCACUGAGAUCUCAGGUCUGCAGAAGUGUGUGCAGCUGCAGAAACUGUUCCUCUAUGAUAAUAAGAUCAGCGAGAUGAGCGGAAUGGAGUCACUGAUAAACCUGAGCGUCCUCUGGAUCAACAACAACCUCGUCACCGAGAUCAAGGGCUUGAGCACACUGGAGAACCUGACGGAACUCAACCUAGCUGAUAAUCUCAUUACAACUAUAGGAAAAAGUCUAGAGCAAAGCAAGAAUCUCCAAAGUCUCAAUCUGUCAGGAAACAAGAUCAGCUCUUUUAAGGAGCUGACCCAGCUGGCGUGUCUGACUGAGCUGAGAGAACUCGGGCUGAACGACCCGCAGUCGAGUCCGAACCCCGUGUGUGUGCUGUGUAAUUACUUCACACACGUGUUGUACCACAUCCCAAUGCUACACACACUCGACUCGUAUGACGUGUCCGCAAAAAACAUCAAGGAGGCUGCCGAGUCCACGGUGAUGAAGAAGAGGAUGUACUAUCACAUGCGUGUGCGCUGUGUGCAGAGACAGCUCGAUCAGACGAAACACACACUGCAGCUACAGAAGAAGAAGCUGCGGCAGAUACCUGAGGACAGAAUACACACUCUCAGCUACACACUCAAACACUUGGAGUGUGAGUACGAGGCUGCAGGCAGGCAAUUGGCAGGUUUGCGAGAGGAAGUGACAUCGCAGGGGUCGGGUGAAUACAUGACCUCUGACCUUUCUAAAGAGAUGAAGAUGAAACUGAAGGCAAUCAGAGAGCGGAUUAAGUUCUGGGAACAGAGAUUAGAGGAGGUGGAGGCACGUUUCCAGCAGGACGUUGCCAUGGCGUCAGACAGGAAGGACAUGUCGAUUCACUUCCUGGUGAUGGAACUGGAGACGGUGGGAAACAUUCGCUUUGAGGAAGGAAACACCAGCCAUGCCUGGUUUAAGCCGUGUUACGACCUGCUGCUCUCUCGGUUCUGCGUCUGGGACUUCAAAGCGUACAACAUCACCGGCCUGAAGAUCAACAGGAUCGUGCGCGUGCAUAACCGCGUCCUGCGUCUGCGCUUCGAGGACAGACUGCACGCCCUGCUGGCGAACAACGAGUCCUCGCUUCUCUCGCAGAACUACAAACGCCGCCUGGAGUAUCUGUUUUAUGUGUUCGAUCCUGAGGAAAUCCAAAGAACCAACGAAAUCCUGAACAUUCUGGAGAAGGGGUUUAAAUCAGCUGACGGUUAUAAGGCCUUGGGUAGAGACUGUGCUGUGCCUCUGUCUAACAGCGUAAGCGCGUGUGAGGAGCCGCAUGUAAGAUUUGUUCGGAGAAAAGCCACCAGACGUGGAACCGAAAGCGCAGAGAACCCUCUGCCCUUCACACAGGGUCAGCUGAUCAUCACUAAAGCAUUCCUGGGUCACAGUGUUCCGCUGAGAGCCGGAGCGCCGGUGGAUGCGGAGUUUUAUCCCAAAGCUCACUCAGUGUACCUCAAAGCAAGCGCUAAGCAACACAUAACCAAACAGGGCAACACAGGAGAAGUGUAUUCCUCUGAGCUGCAGGGAUGCUGUGACUGCAGUCAGAGAAAAACUCUGUGGUACGUUUUCGACCGCGAGCUCGUUCUGCCGGAGUAUCUCAUCGACUUUGAAUAUGUCACGCAGGAGAGAUCGCAGUCCUCCUGCCCUCCCAAAGCCCCUGCUGCCCCUGAUGAUGUCACACCGGGGUGUAACGAUGAGCAGGCCCUGGACGAGCAGGUGUUAUCUCUUCAGCCCGUCCCGAAGCCACGACCCAAACUGCUGAGCCUGGACGAGAGUAGUGUCCUGACAGCGGCUCGAGCCAACGUCCUCAGCCAGAUCACCGUGCUGAAUCUUCAUGGGAACAGUCUGAGCAGGCUGAAGGAGAUUUCUCGCCUCACGGCGCUGCGGCAGCUGAUCAUCAGCUUCAACGCCCUCACACACCUGGACGACGUUUCACACCUGCCCAAUCUGGAGUGUGUGGACGCCAGUUUUAACCAGAUCGUGACUCUGGAAGGCGUUCGAGGACUUCCCCGUCUCAGAGAGCUGGACCUGCGCUGGAACCAGCUGAGCCGAGUCCGAGAGGAGACGAGCGUCCUGCGCAAACACACACCAUCUCUGCUGCGCCUCCAUGCCAGACACAACCCGUGGAGUCAGGGUGAGUCAGUGCGGAUGGUGGUGUUGGGCCAGUUGAAGAAUCUCACACACCUGGAUGGAGUGUUAGUGACGGAGGAGGAGGUGGCAGCUGCUACACACGUGAACUCCACCUCCAAGAUCAACCUGAUGUUGCUGCUCUCUCACUCCCGUACCGAUGCCGAUCGUCCGCGCUGCCUGAGUCUCCUCACUGCGGCCCAGCUCCUCACACACCUCAAACCAUCGCCAUGGAAACACACCACUGACCUCGAACCUGGGUGGGGUGCCAAGGUCACAGCGUUGAAUCUGGACGGUCAGCGUCUGUCCCACAUCAGUAAUCUGGAGCAGCUGGUGAAUCUGCGCUGGGCUUCGUUUAAUAAUAACCAGCUCACACACAUCGAGGGGCUGCAGCACUGCCCCCUGCUGGAGGAGCUGUCACUGAACCACAACUACAUCUGCACACUGGAGGGUGCGUGUAAGCUCCAGCGUCUGACGCGACUCAGCAUUAACAGUAAUCAGCUGCGAUGUUUGGAUGCCUCUGUGUUGGACCGCCUGACGAAUCUCCACUUCCUGUCCGCUGAGGACAACUGCAUUUCCUCCCUGCAGGGGGUUCAGAGGUCACGCUCACUGUUUGAGCUUUAUGUCAGCAACAACAACAUCAGCACCUCACGAGACAUCUAUCACCUGAAGACUCUGAGUAACCUGAUCAUCCUGGACUUGUACGGCAACCCAUUAACAAGAACACUGGAGAAUUAUCGAGCUUACCUCAUCUUUCACCUGCCGUCUCUGAAAGCUCUGGAUGGGACUGCUGUGGAGAUGUCAGAGUGUGAGAAUGCGAAGGACGUGUUUGGAGGUAGGCUGACGGCGGACAUGUUGGCUGAGAAACUCGGUCAGUGUGACUACAGAGAGAUGGAGGAGCUGGAGCUCCCGGGCUGCUCCGUCAGGACGGUGGAUCUGGCUCCCGCUGAGCUCUUCGUGAAUUUACACAGCGUGAAUCUAGAGCGGAACAAUCUCACCUCCUUCAGCGGCCUCGUCUACCUGCCCAACGUCAAGGUGUUGUGUCUGAACUACAACCACAUUGAGUCGAUUCUGCCACGUCAGAAAACACACACUCACCUGAGCAGCAGACAGCAGCUCUAUCAGAAAGUUCACUCCAGCGGCUACGGACAGCAGAUCAGCAAGAGCAGCAGUAAGGAGUGUGUGUGUGUGGAGAGUCUGGAGCCUCUCAUGUGCAGCUUGGAGGUUCUCCAUCUCGGCUAUAACGGCAUCUCCAACCUCAGCGAUGUGCAGCUGAGUCGCCUGAGCGGCCUGAGAGCUCUGUUCCUGCAGGGUAAUGAGAUAGUGCAGGUGGAGGGUUUGGACGGUCUGAGUCUCCUGCGUGAGUUGGUGUUGGAUCAGAACCGAGUGAAGACGCUCAGUGAGAAAUGGUUCAGCUCACACACACGCCUGAUCGAGCUGAGCCUGAACGACAACCGCCUGCGCAGCCUCACACACCUGCAGCUCACACACCUGCAACGCCUGCACCUCAGCAACAACAAGCUGCAGGAUAUCACAGAGUUGGAUAAACUGGAGGUUCUUACAUCACUUGUAGAACUGUCUGUGGUGGGCAAUCCGGUGGCGCGGCGCUCCCUCCACAGGCCUUCUGUGGUUCUGCGUCUCCCUCAGCUGCAGGUACUCGAUGGAAUCACGGUCACACUGGAGGAACGAACACGAGCAGAGUUACUGUGUACUGAGGACACACCCUCCUGUGUGGACGGGGCGUUCCCUGUCGUACUGAGUCGUGCUCCACCUGCCCGAAACUCCGCCCUGGGCGUCGGCACGCACCACCUGCUGGGUCACGAGAGCUUCUUCAGC